AUGACCAGGCUGCUCUUGGGGGUGACCCUGGAAAGGAUUUGCAAGGCCGUGCUGCUGCUCUGCCUUCUCCACUUCGUCAUCAUCAUGAUCCUCUACUUCGACGUCUACGCGCAGCACCUGGACUUCUUCAGCCGCUUCAACGCCAGGAACGUCUCGCGCGCCCACCCCUUCUCCAACUCCUCCCGCCCCAACGGCACCGUCCCCAGCUACGGGCCGGCCGGUGCUGAGGCCCCGUCCCCCAGCGCCAAGCCCAGGGCCAACCAGUCCGCCACGGAGAAGCCCUUGCAGCCCUGCCAGGAGACUCCUCCUGGCUUAGGUGAGACGUGUGGGGUGAGCGUGUGGGGGAGCUGGGCUUUGACUCUGAGCGUGGGGCUGAGGUGGGUGCCCGUGGGUGGCACCCUCAUCCCCUGGCGGCACCGCGAGCCCCACCUCAAGUACUGGCUGCACUACCUGCACCCCAUCCUGCGCCGGCAGAAGGUGGCUUACGGCAUCUACAUCAUCAACCAGUUCGGCGAGGACACCUUCAACCGUGCCAAGCUGCUCAAUGUGGGGUUCCUGGAGGCGCUCAAGGACGACGAGGAGUACGACUGCUUCAUCUUCAGCGAUGUGGACCUCAUCCCCAUGGAUGAUCGCAACCUCUAUCGCUGCUACGAGCAGCCACGGCACUUUGCUGUUGGCAUGGACAAGUUUGGGUUCAGCAUCUCCCUGAACGGCAUGAAGGUGUCGAGGCCCGACAUCCGCAUCGGGAGGUACCGCAUGAUCAAGCACGAACGUGACAAACACAACGAGCCCAACCCGCAGAGGUGA